AUGUCGACAGAUUGUUUUGUUUUCGAAGGUGUACCUGUGGGAGGUAAACAUACGGUCCUAGACGACGUUGUGUUUGGUUGUGCAUAUGGAACCGUAGGAUUUGGCUUCGAAGAAAAUCCCGACAACAAGAUCAGUGGUGUAUUCGGUUUAGGCCCGGGUCGUCGUUCGUUCACUUCUCAGUUCGCUCCUCAGCAACGUUUUGGCUAUUGUUUGGCAGAUUGGCAUUUCGGGCCACCUGAAUAUCCAGGUAAAUUGAUGUUUGGGGAUGACGCACUACUCCCCGUCAGUGGCCAUGUUCAAAUAACUCCGAUUGUGGAAACAGACGCCAGAAGCUAUUUCUUGAAGUUGGCGGAUAUUCAAGUAGAUUCUAAAUGUCUAGGUUUUGAACGGGGUAAAUUCGACCGUGUGAACGGGCAUGGUGGAUUCAUUAUCGAUUCUGGAACGUCCAUAAGUUACUUCGCCAAUGAUGUCUAUGAUCGUAUGAGACAAGUAUUUGUUGAUUAUAUGAAAACUCUUGGCUUACCGGAGAUGGAUGCAUCAUCACACCACUUGGAUUUGUGUUGGCAUAUACCAAAUGGUUUCCCGUCUAACCUCCCAUUAAUGACACUAUAUUUGCAAGAUAACGAGUAUCCAGAUGAAGCAGCUGAUUGCGGGAACGAAACAGGAGCUCAGCUUCUAAUCGAUCCAUUUGGUCAUUUCCAUAUCGAAGAGAAGGAAGAUCCUCAUUUGUGUCUUGGGAUUAUGCGUAAUAAUGGCACAGAUCCUGCAUUAAACAUUUUGGGAGCUAAGCAACAAACUAAUAACAAGUUCUCGUUCGGUUUUCAGAAUAAGACACUCUCGUGGAGGUCAUGGGAAUGUGGAUUACCACCUAACUAA